AGGACGCGUAAACAGAAAAAUUGUUUUCGUGCGAGAAUUUUGUAAAAGUUGUGUAAAAUCGUGAAUUUUUAUUUUUAAUUGUUCUUUUGACUAUCAGUAUAAAGUGUCGUUGUUCCAGUAAACAACGGUGAUUUUGUUUUUUAGAGACAAGGUGUUUAGAUAGCGUUUGUAUUUUCUCCCGGUUUGUCGGUUCAUGUAUUGCCUUGUUUUCGGUACUUUUCUCGGUUUUCGUUAGUGUAUUUCGUGAUUUAGUGUUUGAUAUUUGUUUAAGCAACAAACAAAAUGCCACCUCGUAAAAAGUCCACAAGCAGCACGGAAUCAAGUAGUGCCAGUUCAUCGGACUCUAGUUCUAGCGAUAGCAGCUCGAGUAACAGCGAUUCCGGAAGCUCCAGUAGUGAAAGUGAUUCAUCUAGUUCGCAGGAGGCACCUACCACACGAACGAGCAACAACAGUUCAAAUGCUAAUGCUUCUAAAGCGAACGAGAAAGUGAUUCGUCGAAGAAAUUCGGAAACAGUGGGAUCGGCUUCGAAAGCACUCGUUGCUGCUGCUACAGCAGCAGCAAAAGACACAGAUAAAUCGGGUGCUGUGAAGACAGGUAAUCCAAAGCAUCACAAAGGUUCCAAACCUUCCGUUUCGUCGAGUGAUGAAGAUUCCUCGGCUGAAAACAAACCCGCACCGCCUCCCAUUGUACAAAAGAAAGUACAGCAGGCUGAAGCAGCCAAGCGCAGAGCACAGGAAAAACAAGCAGCAGUGCAUGGAAACAUCCCACAAGCGAUCGUCCCUCCGAUAACCGGUGGCAAGGUUCCCCCUUCGGUCAUCAAGCAACAACAGCAGCAGCAACAACACCAGCAUGCUCAGGCAAAACAGGUUCCGAUCACCAAAGCGGCUGCUAAGGCAAGCCUCGCUGCAAAGGAACCACCACCACCACCGAAAUUAAAUCCUCCCAUUGCCAAAAAAGGACCCAGCCCAGCCCUGACGGCUACGGCUACGAAAGCCAAGAAAAAGAGUAUUUUUUCACCGGUUAAUUCUUCCGAGUCGGAUGACGAUAAGGAAAAGGUGGAUCAGAAAGAUCGGCGCACUUCCAGUUCCAGCUCUAUUGGUGUGACCAUGGGUGGAUCAGCUGGUGGUGGCGGCGGUUCACAUGCGAAUAAGGAUCAGAUUACUUCGGCUGGCAAAACGACGAAUGCUAAUGCAACUCAACAACAAAGAACUCGGGGUCGCCCUCGUAAGACACCUCUAGUAAAGCCACAGGUGAAUACUACCGGACCAGUGACCAAACCGGUGGCACAGGUUAAGCCUCAAGUUACCGCCAGUCCAGUGAAAGCGCAACCAUCAUCAAACAACACUCCACAAAAACCGACCAAGCAGGAAGACGGAUCCUCUGCUACGUCUACGUCAACAGAUUCAUCUUCCUCUGGAUCGUCAGAUUCAGAUUCGGACUCGUCGGAGGAUUCGUCGCCAUCGGCAGCAGCCGCACAACAGUUAAAGAAAAGCAACAGUACCAUGAAGCGCCCGCUGGAACGAACUCCCCAGAAGGUAGACGGUAAAGAAGGUGGCACAGAAUCCGAAGGAGAGACUGGGAAGCAAACACGAAAGUUGACCCGAUCGUCGAGCACCCGGAAGUCAAAGCAUCUGCUUGGGAAAAAUGCCUCCGAAACGGAAUCGGACGCGGAAAGCGUAAAGCGUUCGGCCUCCAAGAGUCCUGUCAAGAAGGCUCCAAUUAUUCCGACAAAGGGAAAAGCUAAAAACAGUAGUAAAAAGAAAGAUGCCGUGAUUAAAGAAGCUCAGAUGGAAGAGCCGGAACCGGUAGAGAACCGCUGUCCGUUGAUACAUUGUGCUACGACUGGUCAUCUUGGCGGUCAGUUUGAGAGGCACUUCAUUCUGGAAGCUUGUCCUAUGUAUCACAAUAUGACAUCCCAGCAGACAACGGAAUUUUUGUUGGAACGGAAGCGUAAAGAAGAGGAACGGAAGAAAGCCAUGCCGGUAUACGAGAAUUCUAAGAAAAUUCAAACGCCGGAGCAGAAAAACUAUCUGCAGAAGAUUCGGGACAUGCGGGUACGGUUCAAACCGAAUCCUCCGCCGGUGGGAAAACCGAGACCAAUGGCUGAGCGGGAUGAAAAUGAAAUCGAUCUGGAACCAAUGUUGGAGGGGAUAGUGCCGGAUUACGACCUACAGCUAUUUCGAGAGGCACAAGCGGCGGCAAGUGAGAGUAUGGAAACAGAGCUGAAAGAAAUGGUGACCGGCAAGGGGACGCGGUUUAUUUCGAUGGGUCGCCAUUGCAUGCAGGUGUGGUACCAAAGUCCCUAUCCGGAUGACGUUGCUCGUUUACCGAAGCUGUAUUUGUGUGAAUUUUGCCUGAGAUAUCAAAAGUCCGAAGUGGGAAUGAAACGGCAUGCUACCAAGUGCGUCUGGCGCCAUCCCCCGGGGGAUGAGAUAUAUCGAAAAGGAAAACUCGGUGUCUGGCAGGUGGACGGUAAACGACACAAACAGUACUGCCAGAAUCUUUGUUUGCUGGCCAAAUUUUUCCUCGAUCAUAAAACGUUGUACUACGAUGUGGAACCGUUUCUGUUCUACGUCAUGACUUUGGCGGACAGCGAUGGAUGUCAUACGGUGGGAUACUUCAGUAAGGAGAAAAAUUCCUUCCUGAACUACAACGUGUCCUGCAUUCUCACCCUGCCGCCCUAUCAGCGGAAAGGCUACGGUCGGCUGUUAAUAGAUUUCAGUUACCUGCUGACCCGAGUGGAGGGUAAAAUCGGUUCUCCGGAAAAACCGUUAUCCGACCUCGGGCUGAUAUCGUACCGAUCCUACUGGAAGGAUGUGCUGCUGGCGUACCUCUGUUCCCGACCCGGGACAACACUGAGCAUCAAAGACAUCUCCCAGGAAAUGGCUAUCAAUUCAUACGAUAUCGUCAGCACACUGCAAGCCCUCGGGAUGAUGAAGUACUGGAAGGGUAAACAUAUAAUACUGAAAAAGCAGGACGUUCUCGAGGAGUACGAGGAACGGGUCAAGCGACGCGGCAACAUACCAAAGAUCGAUCCCAGCUGCCUCAAGUGGACACCGUUCGUGGCACCGACCCCGACGACGCCAACCUCCUAGCGCCAGUCGUAUCACCAUCAGUACCAUUAUCAUCAUUAUCAGCAGAAUCCGCACCACCAUCACUAUUAUCACAACAACAAUAACAACUACUACAACAACAGUUACGGCGGCAGCAGUGUGACUGUUAACACCAACAACUACAACUAUAACAACAACAACAACAACAACAGCAACAUAAACAUCAACAUCCAUAACAUGACCCAUCAAGCGAUGAUGGCGCAUUAUCUACCGAACCACUCUUUCCGGGGAGUACUUUAGAAUCGAAAAGUGAUACCAUUGAAAUGGAUGGUAUGCAUGCUGGAAAAUGCUAUUAAAUGUCAUCGGAUGAGCGGAUAAACAUGUGCACGUUGGAAAAGAAGAACGAAAAGAAACAACGCUGCAAGGAGCAAGGUUAGAGUUAUGACACAAUUACUUUGGAUGAAUCGUGAAGAAACGAUUAUAUAUUUAUUAAGUCUCGUAAAUUGUUCAAACGUAGAGUUUUAGUUUAUUUUUGAACCGUACAAAUUUAUCUCUGGUAACGUGUUUUCGGCGUUAUGUCAGGAAAAUUGUACCGAUACUCAUUACUGUUACAAAAAAAAAAACACAAAUAAGUUAUGUUACCUCAGUUCGGAUUUUGCUCGAUAAUAUUGGAAGAAAUCACAAGUGGUGAAAUGGUUUUGA